AUUAACAAUCCUUUCCGACAUGCACUUUAACCUGCUCUAUCCCAGUCUCUCAAGUUCAAACAACGAAGGGAGAGAUCGACGGACAUCGAGAAGAAAGAGAGAGUGAGAAAUAGAGAAAAGGUGAGGAAUGAGCAGAUAUGGCUGAUAGAGCCUUAAAGGUUGGAAUUGUGGGAUAUGGACAUUUAGGCCAGUUUCUUGUUGAGAAGAUCCAGAAUGAAGGGCCUGAGGCAGGGCUGCAGUUAGCAUUUGUUUGGAACCGAAAUGCAGACAAACUUAGAGAUUCAUUGCCCAAAGAGCUGAUUCUACAUGACCUCUCCGAUUUCACACACAGAGACACAGAUGUAAUAGUGGAGGUGUGCCAUCCAAUGAUAGUUAAAGAGUUUGGUGUCAAAUUUCUGUCACGUGCUCACUUCCUGGUGGGCAGCCCUUCUGCCCUCUCUGACCCCCAGCUUGAGCAAGAUCUUCGCACUGCUGCAAAACAACAUGGGAAAACUCUUUAUGUGCCCAGUGGUGCAUUAUGGGGUGGCCAAGAUAUUCAAAAAAUGAAUGACAGUGGAACUUUGCAGGCUCUUUCCAUCCGAAUGUCUAAGCAUCCCUCUUGCUUUCGACUGACUGGUGGUCUGCUCUCUGAUUGGACAGAGGGAGAGGGGAGGCGGGUCUUGUACCACGGCUCAGUAGCAGAGCUCUGUCCCAUCGCCCCAAAUAAUGUAAACACGAUGGCAGCUGCGGCCAUAGCAGCAUCAAAGCUGGGCUUUAAUGGGGUUACUGGAGAAAUAGUUUCAGAUACCGCAUUAUCAGACUACCAUAUUGUGGAGGUUGAGGUAACUGGUCCAGAUGGGUUCACAGUAAAAACAGUGAGACAAAACCCCGCCAAACUGGGAGCUGUAACAGGAAAUGCCACAUACAAUUCCUUCUGGAGCAGCUUACUGGUCUGCAAAGGUCAUGGAGGAAGGGGAUAUCUAUGUUGAUAACAGUGGAUUGCUGCAGAAAGUGAAGAAAAAAAAAAAAACACAUAAUGUGGCGUAAGUGUCAUAAUUGUAGACUUUAAUUUUAGUUUUACAGCCAUGACAGACAAACUCUAACAGUGCUGGUGUAUAUUGGUAUUACAGUACCUAUGAUGUUCCAGUGUAUUUGUUUGGCUGGUUAGCUUUAGCUACAUCUCUUGCUUGUCAUUUAACUUAAACCGUUUUUUAAAAAUACCCCUAGAAAAUUGCUGGAUAGUCACUAUGUUUGUAACGUUACAUAAUACUGUGAAGGGAAAUCUGGCAGUGAGUAAAGCAUAGUAAGAAUGUUUCAGAUAACAGUAGAUUGAGUAAAUGACAGAAUGUAAAGUCUUUUAAAAGAUGUAUGAAUUUCUUGGUUUCUGAAACACAAUGAAAA